CAGGAAGUGACCGCGGGAGCGCAGCCGGCCGGCCAGCGGGAGCCGGGGCCGAUGGAAGUGCAGUGGGGGCUGGCCAGGGCACCCCAGGAAAGACCUGACUCCCUGGCGUUUCAGAGCUAGAAUUUGCAACACGUUGGAGUCGGAGGAGCUGUAUCCGGCAUGCUCCACGGCCACGGCGCCGUGUCCCAGGCCUUGCUGGGCACCUUCUUUACCUGGGGGAUGACGGCGGCAGGGGCGGCCCUCGUGUUCGUGUUCUCUAGCGGACAGAGGCGGAUCUUAGAUGGAAGCCUUGGCUUUGCUGCAGGGGUCAUGUUAGCCGCUUCCUAUUGGUCCCUCCUGGCCCCGGCGGUGGAGAUGGCCACGUCAUCCGGGGGCUUCGGUGCCUUUGCCUUCUUCCCGGUGGCCGUCGGCUUCACCCUCGGCGCGGCUUUCGUCUACCUGGCUGACCUCCUGAUGCCUCACCUGGGCGCAGCCGAAGACCCCCAGAUGGCCCUGGCGCUGACCUCCGACCCCGCGCUGGUGAAGAAGAAGUCUGACCCCGAGGGCCCCACGCUGCUCCUGGCCGAGAGUGAACUCUCCAUCCGGAUAGGUAGAGCGGGGCCUCUUUCAGAUAAGAGUGAGAACGGCGAGGCUUACCAGCGGAAGAAGGUGGCGGCUGCUGGCCUUGGAGGGGGCCCUGCUUCCCCGGCGUCUUCCCGAGGGAACCUGGCGCAGCCGGGCGGCAGCAGCUGGAGGAGGAUCGCACUGCUCAUCCUGGCCAUCACCAUCCACAACGUCCCAGAGGGUCUCGCUGUUGGAGUUGGAUUUGGAGCUGUAGAGAAGACAGCGUCUGCCACCUUCGAGAGUGCCAGGAACUUGGCCAUUGGAAUCGGGAUCCAGAAUUUCCCGGAGGGCCUGGCCGUCAGCCUCCCCCUGCGGGGGGCCGGCUUCUCCACCUGGAGAGCCUUCUGGUACGGGCAGCUGAGCGGCAUGGUGGAGCCCCUGGCUGGCGUCUUCGGCGCCUUCGCCGUGGUGCUGGCCGAGCCCAUCCUGCCCUACGCCCUGGCCUUUGCGGCGGGCGCCAUGGUCUACGUGGUCAUGGACGACAUCAUCCCAGAAGCCCAGAUCAGCGGUAAUGGGAAGCUGGCGUCCUGGGCCUGCAUCCUGGGCUUUGUGGUGAUGAUGUCGCUGGACGUCGGCCUGGGCUAGCGCCGAGCUUCGGACCGCAGGAAUGGCAGCUCCAGGAAGCAGCAGUCGGUUGGCUUCCGCGGGACCACACACCUCUCCUUCCCAUUAAAACGCGUUUCCUCUUUCCUCUCCCUUCCAUUCCCCUGGUUGAUUCUGGUUAUACUGGGACUGUUGCUACUUUGCUCUCGAGGGAGAUACUGGUUUUUCUUUGGAAUUGCAAGGUGUCACGGACCCGCAGGUUUUUUAUCUCGGCCACUGAUGAUCAAGGACACGCAGACCGGGUCAGCUCUCUUCCUUCGGGACCCUUGGUCUCCCUCCUUACACUGACACCUCCUCAUGGCCACCUACAGAAGUGAGCUACUAAGAGACGUCUCCUAAGCACCUUGGCCUAGGGACUCUGAGCAUCACGGCCAGCACCUCUGCGAGUCCUUCACUGCUCACCCCCAGCCGUCUUCCAGGCCGGGACCGGAGCAGCUCGCGGGCCAACAACCUACUGUCCAGGGCUGAGCCUGCCCCAGGAGCGAUCCACGCGCCUCUACCUCCCCCAGAGAGAUGCUGCAGGAGCAAGGGAAGGAAAUUGGCCAGUCUUCCUUUUCCCCUUGUUUUUUAAGGGAAAGACUGGCAUUACUGAAGUUAGGGGACCUAGGGAGUCAGUGGGCCCUGUGAGAACGGGGCAGGGUGUGGCUUUGACCAGAGACCCUGCUCUCGAUGGAUUUAGAGGCAAAGUGUUCUCGCGGCGGCUUCCCAAUCUCCAAGGCGUUCAUGUUGAUCAGUGUACGGUCUUCAUUUUUCUGCGAGUCUGGGGGACUCCAGCAAACUGCUGCAUCUGAAGCCCUUUAUCUAUUAAUGGAGGGAGCUCCACAAGCUCAGUGAGUGAAAGACAGUGGGAUGGGCGUGGGUCCCUCCCUGUUGGCCAUGCAGUAUCUUGUCACCUGCCCAGGAUCUCCUGAGCAGCAGUGGGCUUUGCUGGAGUCUGGCCAGGGGCAUGGAACAGGAAGAAGGGAAAGGAGAAGAGAUUUCUUCUUUUUUAUUUUAUUUUUUUUACAUUUCCCUCUUAAAUUUCAGCCAACUUAUCAUUCUAAGACCCUAAAGAAUGACUUGAACCAGACUAGAAGCCAACCUACUCCUUCAUACCCAUAGCUUCUCCAAGCAAAGUGAGAGAUGACCUGUGUGCUCCCAACACAGCAAGGGCCUGUCCUCCAUGGUCAGGGACUCGGAGUGGGCCCUGCUGAGAAGGCGGGCCGCCCUCGCCAGGCGUGCAGGCCCGCCGUUACCCCGGCUGUUCUCUGAGUUUACAUUUCCGCCUGCUUCCAAGGGUGAGUCGCCUGUUCUGUGAAGGGUCUAGAACCCCAGCCUUGGGCUGGGUCAGUGUGUGUUCUUCCAAAGCACUGAUGAUCAAAAGUGAAGACACUUUCAGAGACUUGAUUGGUUGAGAUUCAGGGGUUUGGUAUAAUUGUAUGUUUGAUCCGUACGUCUUUGUAGUUCUCCAUGAUGCCAAUUUGUUCUUUCUGCUGGACCAGACCUCAUAACUGUGAUUAAUAUCAAUAAAGGGGAUUUGGUUGUGGA